AUGGGGUUGAUACCCGCGGUCGAGAAUUUGGACCUUGGUUAUGACAAACCUCUUUGUUCCUCCCUUGCCGAGAGAUAUUACGGGGAAAUAGAUACUUUUCAUCUUCCGUUUGGAGAAAUGACGAUAACUCCAAAUGAUACGAAGUUCAUUACCGAGCUAAGCAUAGAAGGUAAAUCCGUGAAGCACGCUAAUUACAUGCAAGAGCUUGAGCGGGACAAGAUUUACGUGUUCACCAAGGAUGUGUUCCAAUGGGAUGAGGAGAGAACCAAGUCAGAGAUGCUAGUAGGCAAGUCAAAGCAGAUGAUAUUCCAUCUAUCGAGGCUGAGAGACAACUUUAUGGGAACAAAGAAGCUUCGUGCCGAGGGAAAUGUGUUGACCAGGGAACGUAUCAUCGCCACGGACAAUGCGUAUGUCCUCUACGUUCUGGGAUGUGUUAUCUUCCCCGACGUUUCCGGUGCCCGUGUGAGCGCCAACUUUAUCCAGCCGUUGCAACCAUUUGACAAGAUUCAUGAAUACUCUUGGGGCACUGCCAUCCUUGCACACUCGUUGAACGAGUUGAUAAAGGCUUCUAGGGCUCGAAGGAACCAAAUCGGAGGGGAUAUGGCUUUUCUACAUGCAUUGAUAUAUGUGCACUUCCCAAUAUUUGCUCAAAGGGCUUUUGAGAACAAGGAAUGGGACCACAAGUAUUAUGGAGACAAGUACAUAUACAAAAGUAAGCCGAAGAACCAAAAUAAGGGUUAUCUGAAGUUGAGACGCCAGUUGGACAACUUGACAGCGAAAAACGUUGUCUUUGAUCCUUACAAGGAGGAAUUGGCUAAAGGAAAAGGAAAAGGAAAGAAGCCUUUACCAUCAUGUGAUUAUUGGGAAGACAGAGCGUUUCACAGAUAUCCUUUGGAUGGUCCAUCUCGAACAGAUGAUGAUUCAAUUCCGGGUUACAUGACGUGGUACCCCAAUGUUUCGCAUACUCGAGUGAUACGAGUAGAUGAGAGGCCCAAAAUAGAGGACAAAGCGCUUUUUGUUGAAUGUUUGUUAUUUAAAAUGGAAACGGAGAAGCCGAGUCGGGUACUUGAUAACCCAAGCAAAGCUAUAAAUCAGGGAAGGGAAAAAUGUUAA